AUGCGGCACGCAGUUCUAAUGCUGUUGCAAGCGAUAGCGCUUUUGCUUUUGGCUAGGACGACGGUAGCGGCGAAGUACAACCUUACCGGCACUGUUAAAGCCGUGCUUGUGGCCAGUAAUGAGCCUCCUGGAGUUAUGUGUGGAGUGCCGGGCAUUUGCAAACCGGCCACUGUGACUAUCCCGGCCCGAACCCUGUGGUAUUGGUGCGGCUUUCAGACGACGCACCGGACGAUUUAUGAAGUCACCACCAACAACAAGAACAUUACCAUCAGCACCGUGUACAUGACGAGGCAGACCGUACUGGAGGAAUGCGCCCUCAGCCCUGACGCGGAUAUCACCUACGCGGGCGAGAACUGCACCCCCAUACCCGAGUCUUCCUGCAGCAGCAAGGCGACCUGCAGUGUGCGGCUCUUCGGCCUGGUCUUCCCGGACGAUUCGUGUCUUAUCAUGAUCAACAACAAGAACAGCGCAAUUAACGCCACCGUCCAGAUCAACAACUUUUUUGACAGGCCACGAUACUUCGGCACGGUCUUCGUGCUAUUCUUUGCCGUCGUAGGCGGCCUGGCCGUCGUUUCGAAUGUGGCUUGGCAAUUUUACAACAUCAUCAUUGCGCCCGUGAACCGGCACCACGAGCCAGUCAAGGUGAAGCGCGAGGACCCAAUCAAAAAGGACCUGGAAAGUGAUUCAUCGGGGCCGAGCAGCGGCAGUGCAGGUGGCGGCGGCGCAGCGGCGGCUCGCCCGGGCUGGUACCAGAAUGCGACUGUUUUUUUCCCGAAGAUUCUGGCCAAGCUGCGGCCGACACAACAAAGCAACGGGCACAAGGCUUGA